CUCACUUCUUCCGAAGUACCUCAACACUCUCAACAUGAAGGUUGUCGCCUCCCUCGUCUUUGCCGUCUUGGUGAUCGCCCAACUCUACACCAUGAUCGAGGCUAAGCCCGAUCCCAGUAAGAUCGUCUAUCUCGCGCCUGGUGGCAAGUGAAUGCGUAAGCCUGUAACUUCGAACGGUAAUUGGUCUUGAACGUUGACUAUAAUUAAAAAUGUCAAUCUACUUGAGUCCAGUUGUCUCGAAAUAAGUGACGUUCACAUCCAGCCCCGAAGACCAACUGCGUAUAAAAUAAUCAUGUAACUCUUGGAAUCAAUAAAAUACUUUUUGCUCUCGAUAGCGUUUAAACCUACGAAAAAAUGCAAAGUAAAAAUGACAACCGAAUCGAGAAGCGAACGAACGGCGAUAAAAUUGAAAAAAUAUCAUCGAUGCAUUUUGUUCAUCGAUGCUAAUUCUCAACUUCCUUGAUACAUGCUUUACAAAACGGUACAAAUACAGUGUCAACUCAUGCGAAGUUGGAUGUUCUUCAAAAACCCGAUAAGAAAAAGCAGUAAAAAGAAUCUCAAAAAAUCUUGAUCCUCACAAUCUUAAUAAAGUACGAUUUUCGUAAUCAGGACGAUAUCCAAUCGGUGCAACAAUGACUCCGAAAAAUGCGUCUCAAAUCACUCGGAUAUAUUAUCGUUAUGUUUGAUUUUUGGGUUGGCCGUUGCCCGGACCAUUGUUAUCCGAAUAACCAUAUCACAUCGUUUUUGUAUCAUAGCUCAAGUUUCGUAACGAUAUUGCUAAGCAUGAAAGCCUGCAUCGAGAUGAGAUGAUCCCGCAUCAUCCAGAUCGCGAUCUCUUUCACGGAGUGGAUCUUCGCCGUAACUGAAUACAGGGUUGCUCAUGGUGCUGGCGUGUCUAGGAGGGUCGGUAUCGGCCGGUCUUUUGCCAGGCGGUGGAGGAGGUUACCAAUACAACAGGCCCGGAGGACCCGGAGGAUCAGGUACCAAUGGACUGUUUGGAGGUGGAGGCCAGAGGCCAUCAGGAUCCUACGGAGCUCCUGGUUUUCCCGGAGGAUUCGGGAGUCCAGGAACUGGAUUUGGCGGGGGGCCAAGCAUCACCGGAAGUGGUUUCGGCGGACAGCCGUCCGGAUUCCAGGGACCGUCGAACAUUGGUGGCGGGUACAAUUACAACAAUGACAACGGCAGGCCGAAACCCUACAGCUUUCAAUACGAAGUGAGAGACCCGCCGACCGGAAAUGACUUCGGCCAACAGGAAAACAGCGACGGAAAUACGGUGCGUGGUGAGUACAGAGUCCUGCUACCUGACUCAAGGACCCAAAUAGUCAGGUACACAGCCGACGAUGCGAGCGGUUACAACGCAGACGUUCAGUACGAGGGUCAAGCUCAGUUUCCUCAGUUUGGAGUCGCCGGAUAUGCGGGAGGUCCCAAUUACCAGGGUGGAUUUGGCGCCGGUGGUGGCGGCCAUCGCGGAGGUGGUAUCGGGGGUGGAAACGGAAGCGGAUUCGGCAACGGCGGGACUCCGAACAACCAAUAUUUGCCACCGGGUGCUGAUUAUGGGAAAUAAUUACCGCUGCUAAUAUACCUCUUGAUAUCCUAGACCGAAAACAUAAUACGCCGUGAGACCCCAUCGCAACGUUAUUGCUAGCUAUAAUUACCCAAACUCUCUUCAUUUCUUUACAUCUCCUUAUUAUCUCUUUCCUCGAUAUUCUUACGUGCAUAAUCUUAUUUCAAUUUAAUUCGUACUCAAGGCUUGGCCAGUUCACUGUAUAAAUAUAUUUUCAUGCAUAAAACGCCAGUUUUAUAAAUAUAAUCUUAUACCCAUGUACCAUAACGUAUUCGUAACGUCGUUAAAUCGGUUUUAUUAUUUUAUUCUUCAUUUAAUACGUGACGAACGUAAAUUUGUGUCAUAUAAAUAAACGAGCAAAUAUUUUAUUACACAAGCAUUGUACAAUAUGUAAUAAAAUGUGAAAUGAAAAUA